UAUAUAUUUGUCUUUCCACAUAAAACGAAUAGCUAUAAAAUAGACUUUUUUCCACAUUUCAUUGGCCACACGGCCUUCUGUUAAUGAUUAUUUUGCAUCGCUAAUGUGAACUUUAAUCAUUUUGGCUAAGAGUGCGGUGUACAUUUUUUCUUUGUUCUGUUGGGGUAUAAAUACCUGGCUCCUGUCCCCUCUGGUGGCUUGGUCACGUCGACUCGGAUAUCUUCGGCGGUGCAGGGUCGCCAUGUCUGUGGAUGCGUCUCCGAGUGACGCUCUGGGCGGCUCCACGUUCUGGGUUCCUUCGUGCUUGCUGCUGCUGAUCUUCCUGGUCUGGUCCGCCCAACGUCUGCUGGGAGGCGGCUCCAAAAGAUUCCCCCCAGGUCCCCGGCCAUGGCCCCUGUUGGGAAAUCUGAUGCAGGUCAACCUGCAUGCCCCGUACGAGACCCUCUCAAAGCUGGCUGAGACGUACGGGCCGGUGUACAGCGUGAGCCUCGGCCCACGCCGCAGCGUCGUCCUGGCGGGAUACGAAGCCGUGCGGGAGGCUCUCGUGUUGCAAGCAGACGACUUCUCGGACCGGCCCAUCGUGCCCAUAUUCAGGGACUUGUCCACGAGCAAAGGGCUGGUGUUUGCGCAGAGCGAGCACGCGCGCAUUCGGAGACGCUUUUCGCUGUCCGUGCUCCGGACGCUGGGCAUGGGCAAGAGAAGCGUGGAGGCAGUGGUCGCAGAGGAGGCCGAAGCCCUCCUGCACCGCUUCAAGGACAUGGACGGGAGGCCAUUCGAGACGAUGACCCACAUCAACUUGGCGACGGGGAACGUGAUCUGCUCCAUCACGCUGGGCAAGCGGUUCGACUACAGCGACGCGCAGAUCAUCCACCUGCUCGAGUUGCUCAACAGCAAUGUGCAGACGAUGGGCAAUGCUUGGGCGCAGGUGUACAACGCGUUCCCCCUGCUGAAGCACUUCCCGGGGCCGCACAAGCAACUGUUCAAGGACAAGCAGCGGUUGUUCGACUUCCUGCAGGUCUACAUAGAUGAGCACCGGGACGAGCGCACGCCCAACGAGCCGCGGGACUACAUCGACGCCUUCAUCGACAAGCAGGCCGAGAAGGAGGCAGGCAAGAGCAGCACGACGUUUGACAACGAGGCAUUCCUCGCCUGCACCACCAGCCUCUUCCAGGCCGGGACGGAGACGACCGCCAACAGCCUGCGCUGGGGCCUCCUCUACAUGAUUACCUUCCCGGACAUGCAGAAGCGCGUGCAGGAGGAGAUCGACCGCGUGGUCGGCCCGCUGCGGUUGCCAACGUUCGCCGACCGCGAUGCCCUCCCCUACACGCACGCCGUGGUGCACGAGGUGCAGCGCUUCGCCGACAUCGCGCCCGUCUCCGUGCCGCACGCCACAGCCAACGAUGUCACCUUCCGCGGAUUUUUCCUGCCCAAGGGCACCCCUGUGAUCGCCCUCCUCCACUCGGUGCUCAGGGACAAGUCUCAGUGGGAGAAGCCCGACCAGUUUCACCCGGAGCACUUCUUGGACGCCGCCGGAAGAUUCCGCAAGCGGGACGCCUUCAUGCCCUUCUCCGCAGGCCGCCGCGUGUGCAUGGGGGAGAGCCUGGCGCGCACGGAGCUCUUCGUCUUCUUCUCCGCGCUGCUGCAGAACUUCUCGUUCCACGCUCCGCCGGGGCGGCCACUCCCCAAGCUCACGCCGUGCCCCGGAUUCGUGCUGACCGCCCCAGGCUACAAGCUGUGCGCCACCAGACGCAUUUAGCCCCUGCUGCUGCUGUAGCUGCUGCUAUUGUUACUGCUGUUGCUGCUGCUAUUGUUACUGCUGUAGCUGCUGCAGUAGCUGCUGCUGUAGCUGCUGCUGUAGCUGCUGCUGUAGCUGCUGCUGCUGUUGUUACUGCAGUAGCUGCUGCUGAUGUUGCUGCUGUAGCUGCUGCUGCUGUUGUUACUGCAGUAGCUGCUGCUGAUGUAGUUGCUGCUGCUGCAGUAGCUGCUGCUGCUGUAGCUGCUGCAGCUGCUGCAGCUGCUGCUGUAGCUGCUGCUGUAGCUGUUGCUACUGCUGUAGCUGCUGCUAUUGUUACUGCUGCAGCUGCUGCAGCUGCUGCUAUUGUUACAGCAGUAGCUGCUGCUACUGCUAUUGCUGCUGUAGCUGCUGGAGACUUCACAGUCGGCACCUUCCCGCAAGACUGCGACAACUGGGUUCACGUCCUCUCACACAAGGAACACGGCCCCUACACUCAAUGCCUGGGAGUGCAGCGUGGCGUCCGAUUUUAUAUAUAACCUUGGUGGGUAUACCACGUGCAAUAUAUACUUGUCAUGGGAUCGGAAGAAAAACUAUAAUGUAACGUUGGUAGAUAUAUCACGUGCCACAUAUACUUGUGUAGAAUAAAAUGGGAACGUGACGUCAUGUGUGUGCUGGGCGGCUCGAUGACGUCACGUCUCCUAGAGUAUUUAAGGGAGACCUCUUGACGAAAGCGGGGUCACUGUGGGAACGGGUAAUGGUAGAAGGGUGAAGAGGGAGCCAGGGGUAGAGGGAUGGAGUGGUGAGUCUGGGGAGAAGCCGGUGGUAGCCGUUCGAGGUGCUUCUCUCUCCGGUCGGCGGAGUUGGCAGAGUCCCCGAUCCGGCACGAGAGAGAGAGAGAGAGACCGGUGCAAGCCGGGCAGGGACCAGGACUCAGUAGGAACCCUAACCCCUGGGAGUUGUUCACCCCGUUGUGUUAUUUGAAUAUCUUUAAUAAACAUUUGGCGAAAGCCCUUAACAUUCAA